AUGGCUUCCAAGAAGACUCUCCUUCUAUUUACUUUUCUCAGCCUUUUUGCAGCAAUUGAUUCACAAAACGACCCUUUCUUUCUCUACAAAGAUUGCUCCAGCGACACAACCAAUCCCAACACCUCAUUCCAAUCUAAUCUCAAAAUCCUCCUUUCUUCCCUAUCAUCAAAUUUCAGUGGCAACACCGCCUAUUACAGUACCAAAAUCACCGGUGAAAACCCUUCAGACUCGAUCUAUGGACUGUUCAUGUGUAGGGGUGAUGUGUCCUCUCUGUUCUGCCAUCAAUGUGUCUUAAAUGCAACCCAACUACUAUCCUCAGACUGCUCCUUGUCCAAACAAGGUGUGACUUGGUACGAAGAGUGCAUGGUUUGGUAUUCCACUUCUCUUAUUUUCUCCACUGUCACCACAACGCCUAGUAAUACCAUGAAGAACUGUGGUAACGUCUCAAACCAAGAAAGCUUCAUGAAUUUAGUGUUCUUGACACUGAACCAAACUGCACAUGAAGCAGCACAAUCAACUAUUGGUAACAGGAAGUUUGCAACAAGGGAAGCAACAAACGUGUCUGGAUAUCAGAACCAAACCCUUUAUUCAACACCUAUACCAAAACUUGUUCCCGAAACAAAAACUUCCCAUGCAGAUUCAAUCCUUUCAGAAAAUCCUAUUUAUCUUUCCCAUAAUUGCACAAACCAAACCUCUUUCACUGCAAACAACACCUUCCAAACACACCUCCAUACUCUCUUCUCUAACCUGGCUUCUAAUGCCACCAGUGGCAAUAUGUUUUACAAGACUGAAGUGGCUAACACAGUGUUUGGUGUUUUCUUGUGCCGAGACCGAGAGGAUCUUCCCUCAGGCCUAUGUGGUGAGUGUGUCAAAAGCGCAUCACAUGAAAUAUCAUCAAAGUGUCACUCGUCCCAUGAAGCUAUAAUUUGGUACAGCCAGUGCAUGCUUCGGUAUUCCUAUAUGAAUUUCUCCAAUAAAGUGGAAAUAGGUCCUAUGUUUUCUGAGUUGAACACCACCAACGAGGGUAAGGAGCAAAGUUUCUUUACGGUGAAGUUGGCAAAGACGUUGGAUCAAGUGGCAAUCCAGACAGGGGACAGUGGUGAGAGAUAUGGAACAAAGACAACAAAAUUGAAUGAUUUGCAAACCCUUUAUGCUCUUGCUCAAUGUACACAGGAUUUGUCCAUUGAAGACUGCAAGGGUUGUCUAGGGAUUUUGAUUGGAACAUCAAUUCCAUGGUCUCGUUUGGGAAGCACUGGAGGCAGAGUUUUCUAUCCUAGCUGCAAUAUCAGGUUUGAAUUGUUCCAAUUUUUCAAAGCCAUCAACGAAACUGGGACCUCAUCAUCAGGCUUCUUAACCUUUGCAUGUGAAGAAAAAUACUUUGCCUGUGUCUUGACUAAAGGGAUUACAACUGGUGUUUUCAUGAUGGAUGAUUCAAGCUUUCUGGGUUAA